AUGGUACUUUUCAUGCAAAAUUCCCUUUUAAAAAGCCUUAGAAACCUGAUCUUGGCUGCAGCUUAUCACCCACAGGGUGCAGAAUACUCCUGCACAUCAGUGCUGCGGGUUGAGAGAAGGGGCUGCGGCUUACCUUUCCCAGAAAAGGCCAUUGGGGGCCCCAUUUCCUGCUGCGGUCUGAAAGUCAUGCUCUCCAGAGACUUCUCCAAGCACCUUAAGCUGAGGGCUCCUCCCGCAGGCCUCAGCCGCGACGUCCCCCUAAGGGCCCUUAGCGAGUUUCGAAACGAGUGUCCCCCUGCCUAUGCCUUGAAUUUAGCCAAACCUUUGGGAUACCGUUCAAAGAAACAGUCAAAAGCAACAAAUGCUACUGUGGAUCCCCGGUCAUUUCUUCUCAGAAAUCUCAAUGACAGAUAUGAACCGUUCCCACUGGGGGAGGACGAGGAGAAAAAUGAAAGUGGGUUAACAGAACACAGGUUAAUCUCCAUCAAUAAAAGCAGUGCUCUUCAGAAACCGCCCCCUGUGUUCAUCUCGAAAGAUGCCUCCGGAUAUCUGACCAGCCCCUGGCUGACUCUCUUUGUCCCCUCCGUUUACACGGGCGUGUUUAUAGUAAGUCUUCCGCUCAACAUCAUGGCCAUCGUGGUGUUCAUCUUGAAGAUGAAAGUCAAGAAGCCGGCGGUGGUGUACAUGUUACACCUGGCCACGGCUGACGUGCUCUUUGUGUCCGUGCUCCCCUUUAAGAUCAGCUAUUACUUUUCCGGCAGCGACUGGCAGUUCGGGUCCGAAAUGUGUCGCUUCGUCACUGCAGCGUUCUACUGUAAUAUGUAUGCCUCCAUCAUGCUCAUGACAGUCAUAAGCAUUGACCGGUUCCUGGCUGUGGUGUAUCCCAUCCAGUCCCUGUCCUGGCGUACUCUGGGAAGGGCUUCCAUCACGUGUCUGGCCAUCUGGGCUAUGGCCAUCGCGGGGGUGGUGCCUCUGCUCCUCAAGGAGCAGACCACCCAGGUGCCGGGCAUCAACAUCACCACCUGUCACGAUGUGCUCAACGAAACCCUGCUCGAGGGCUAUUAUGCCUAUUACUUCUCAGCCUUCUCUGCUGUCUUCUUUUUUGUGCCGUUGAUCAUUUCCACAGUCUGUUAUGUGUCUAUCAUUCGAUGUCUUAGCUCUUCCACAGUUGCCAACCGAAGCAAGAAGUCCCGGGCUUUGUUCCUGUCAGCUGCUGUUUUCUGCGUCUUCAUCGUUUGCUUCGGACCCACAAACAUCCUCCUGAUUGUGCAUUAUUCAUUCCUUUCUCGCAGUUCCUCGACGGAGGCCGCCUACUUUGCCUACCUCCUCUGUGUCUGCGUCAGCAGCAUAAGCUGUUGCAUUGAUCCCUUGAUUUACUAUUACGCGUCCUCUGAGUGCCAGAGAUACCUGUGCAGUCUCCUGUGCUGCAAAGAAAGCUCGGAUCCCAGCAGUUACAACAGCAGUGGUCAGCUGAUGGCAAGUAAAAUGGACACCUGCUCUAGCAACCUGAACAAUAGCAUAUACAAAAAGCUGUUAACUUAGGAAAAGGGACUGCUGGUCGGUUAAAAAGAAAAGGUUAAAAAAGUGAAUUGCCUGAGGAUUCUGUUAGCACCUGCCUAAACUGUAUUUACUUCACCACCUAAAACAACAGUGUAUCAUUUGCACGCCUGCUUCUUAUGAGAGCCAUCAAGCAUAUAUUUUUGUUAAUCACUGGAAAAGAUAACAAGAAUAGAAGACGAUGUUGUUAUUACAAGGGAGUAUUGCCAAGGCUGUGUUAAUAGCUGAAUGUCACUUCUUGAUAUAUCUCAGUGACUUAUUAUAUACAUACAUACGUAUGCACACAUGUAUUAUUUGCAGUGCGAUAUAGAAUAGGCACUUUGAAACUCUCUCUUUUUCUCCCUCGGCGAUUACAGAAAUAAUCUCUGAUUCUCUGAUUUUACAUGCAAAGUCUAGGUUAGUGAAGUUUAG